CCGAGGGCGGGCCCCCAGCCUGGUACCAGGCCCUGCAGCCCGAGGAGCUUCGGUGGCUACAGGCCCCCGAGGAAGACACAGCCCCAGAAGCGCCCCUGGAAGGACCGUGCCCAGAGCCCGGCCAAAGCCAGAGUCAGAGCCAGCCACUCCGGCACGAUGACCUGAAGGAGAUGCUGGACAGCAACAAGGAUUCCCUCAAGCUGGAGGCCAUGAAGAGGAUUGUGGCGAUGAUCGCCCGGGGAAAGAAUGCCUCAGACCUGUUUCCCGCUGUGGUGAAGAAUGUGGCCUGUAAGAACAUAGAGGUGAAGAAGCUGGUCUACGUGUACCUGGUGCGCUACGCCGAGGAGCAGCAAGACCUGGCCCUGCUGUCCAUCUCCACCUUCCAGCGCGGCCUCAAGAAAAUCCGGGUAGCAUCUGUCUUGCGUGUCCAGCACCCCUGCCAUUGUGAGCACAGCCUGGGAGGACACUGGGAAGGAUGGAGAAGGGAGGGGCAGGCCCCUCUCAACAGUGUCUCCCGCAGUUUGGAUUCUGACCAGAAGGACCAGCUGAUCGAGGUCAUUGAGAAGCUCCUGGCCGACAAGACCACGCUGGUGGCGGGCAGCGUGGUGAUGGCCUUCGAGGAGGUGUGCCCGGAGCGCAUCGACCUGAUCCACAAGAACUACCGGAAGCUCUGCAACCUGCUCAUCGACGUGGAGGAGUGGGGCCAGGUGGUCAUCAUCAGCAUGCUCACCCGCUACGCGCGCACGCAGUUCCUGAGCCCCACGCAGAACGUGAGCACCCGCCCCACCCACCCCCAUCUGACCCUCCUCUGCAGUGAGGUGCAGUACGUGGUGCUCCAGAACGUGGCCACCAUGUCCAUCAAGCGCCGGGGUAUGUUCGAGCCCUACCUGAAGAGCUUCUACAUCAGGUCCACCGACCCCACCCAGAUCAAGAUCCUGAAGCUAGAAGUGCUGACCAACCUGGCCAACGAGACCAACAUCCCUACGGUCCUGCGGGAAUUCCAGACCUACAUCCGCAGCAUGGACAAGGACUUCGUGGCAGCCACGAUCCAGGCCAUUGGACGCUGUGCCACUAACAUAGGCCGAGUCCGUGACACCUGCCUCAACGGCCUGGUGCAGCUGCUGUCCAACCGUGAUGAGCUGGUGGUCGCGGAGUCGGUGGUCGUCAUUAAGAAGCUGCUGCAGAUGCAGCCAGCACAGCACGGGGAGAUCAUCAAGCACCUGGCGAAGCUCACGGACAACAUCCAGGUGCCCAUGGCCCGCGCCAGCAUCCUGUGGCUCAUCGGCGAGUACUGUGAGCACGUCCCCAAGAUCGCACCCGACGUCCUCAGGAAAAUGGCCAAGUCCUUCACAGCCGAGGAGGACAUUGUCAAGCUGCAGGUCAUCAACCUGGCGGCCAAGCUCUACCUGACCAACUCGAAGCAGACCAAGCUGCUGACCCAGUACGUGCUGAGCCUGGCCAAGUACGACCAGAACUAUGACAUCCGUGACCGCGCACGCUUCACCCGGCAGCUCAUCGUGCCUUCGGAGCAGGGCGGGGCCCUCAGCCGCCAGGCCAAGAAGCUCUUCCUGGCGCCCAAACCAGCCCCCGUCCUGGAGUCGUCCUUCAAAGACCGGGACCACUUCCAGCUGGGCUCACUGUCCCACCUGCUCAAUGCCAAGGCCACAGGCUACCAGGAGCUCCCAGACUGGCCAGAGGAAGCCCCGGACCCCUCCGUGCGCAACGUGGAGGUACCUGAAUGGACCAAGAGCUCAAAUCGGGAGAAGAGGAAGGAGAAGGAGAAACCCUUCUACUCAGACUCUGAGGGCGAGUCAGGCCCCACGGAGUCCGCAGACAGUGACCCCGAGUCCGAGAGCGAGCCGGACAGCAAGAGCAGCAGCGAGAGCGGCUCUGGGGAGUCGAGCAGCGAGUCUGACAAUGAAGAUCAGGACGAGGAUGAGGAGAAGGGGAGGAGCAGCGAGAGUGAACAGAGUGAGGAGGAAGGUGAGAAGAGCAAGAGGAAGAAGAGGAAGAAGGUGACGGAGGGACAAGGAGAAGGCUCGUCCUCGGAUGAGGGCAGCGAUUCCAGCAGCAGCUCCUCAGAGUCCGAGGUGUCGUCGGAGAGCGAGGAGGAGCAGGGGGAGCCCGUGUCCUGGAGGAAGAAGACGCCUCCCAGCAGCAAAAGCGCCCCUGCAGCCAAGGAGGUGUCCCUGCUGGAUCUCGAGGACUUCACCCCUCCCAGCGCCCAGCCUGUGUCUCCCCCCACGAUUGUGUCCAGCAGUCUGGCCGCAGACCUGGAGGGCCUGACCCUCACGGACUCCCCGCUGGUCCCCUCGCUGCUGAGCCCGGUGUCUGGCGUGGGGCGGCAGGAGCUGCUGCACCGCGUGGCGGGCGAGGGCCUGGCUGUGGACUACACCUUCAGCCGCCAGCCCUUCUCCGGGGACCCUCACAUGGUGUCUCUGCUCAUCCACUUCUCCAACAGCUCCGACACCCCCAUCAAGGGCCUGCAUGUGGGCACCCCCAAACUGCCUGCGGGCAUCAGCAUCCAGGAGUUCCCUGAAAUCGAGUCCCUGGCACCUGGAGAGUCUGCUACUGCUGUCAUGGGCAUUAAUUUCUGUGACUCCACCCAGGCGGCCAACUUCCAGCUGUGCACCCAAGUGCGACAGUUCUAUGUCUCCAUUCAGCCACCUGUUGGGGAGCUGAUGGCCCCGGUGUUCAUGAGUGAGAAUGAGUUUAAGAAGGAACAGGGAAAGCUGACGGGCAUGAACGAGAUCACAGAGAAGCUCACGCUGCCGGACAGCUGUCGGAGUGACCACACUGUGGUGCAGAAAGUGACGGCCACGGCCAACCUGGGCCGUGUCCCUUGUGGGACGUCUGACGAGUACAGGUUUGCAGGGAGGACACUGACCAGCGGGAGCCUGGUCCUGCUGACCCUGGACGCGCGGCCCCCCGGCCCCGCCCAGCUGACCGUCAACAGCGAGAAGAUGGUGAUCGGCACCAUGCUGGUGAAGGAUGUGGUGCAAGCUCUGACCCAGUGACCCCCAAGUGUCCGACUUCUCUGCCACUGGUUUCUCCCUCAUGACACCUGGGCUGUUAGCACCCCUCUCUCUCUCUCUCUCUCUCUCUCCCCCCGUCUCUCUCUCUCUUACCCUCCCUC